AGCGGAGAGAGAGAGAGAGAGAGAGAGAGAGAGUGAAGAGUUUUGGGGUUCGAGAGAAGAAGAAGUGUUAAAGGAGAGACAGAGAGAUGGUGUGGAACCGUGGUUUUGGACAGGUUAAGGAAGAAAGAAAGACGUUGAGCUUCUUCAAGAUAUUCCAGAGUGCAGAUUUAUCCUCUGAAUCCAUGAGAGCGUUUCCUUACGACUUCAUGAUGAAUGUCUCCAAGGAAGACUUCUCCAACAAGAUGGUGAUAAGAGCGCAGUGGGGAGGCUCAUGGGAAGUAGACAUCUCCAAGAACCCUAGGUUCUACUACAUGGAGAAGUCCGGAUGGAACCAGUUCGUGACCGACAAUGCUUUGGGAGCAAACGAGUUUGUGACCUUCACUCACAAGGGACUAAUGUGCUUCGAUGUCAACAUCUACAGGAAGAACGGCAAGGAGAUUCUUGUACCUCAAAAACCCCACACAACGACUCCAUUUAGUGGGAUCAAGAAAGAAGAAGGUGAGAGGAGCUACAAAGAUGUGAAGAACGAAGAUGAGUCCAUGGGAGGAGGAGUUGAGCUCGCUGCUGAGGCCAAAACAGCCAAGACGAAGAAGAACGCUGUGGAGAUAGGUGAAUCAUCGAGAGGGGCUGCACUUAGAAACAAGAAAGCUGAGAAGAUCAAGAAGAAGAAAGCUGUUCCAAAAUUCAAAAUCACCAUCAAGAAAUCAUACCUCAAGAUAUUGGGAAUCCCAAAGAAUUUUUAUGAGGAGUACAUCAAGAAUGGGUCUAUGGUGUACAAGAUACGUCACCCCGAAGGAGAGGGUUCAUGGGAGGUGCUUUGCUUGGGGAGGAAGACUCAAACAAUCUUCUCAAGUGGAUGGAGUCAACUGGCACGAGAGUACCCAUUAUCGAUUGGUGAUAGGUGUACCUUUCGUCUCAUCAAACCUACCGAGUUCGUCCUCACCUCCAGGAAGGCCAAAGAGGAGAUCAUUGUGAUCGAUUGAUGAAACAAAAUGUUUUAGCUAGUGUCUUGCUUUUCUUAUUAUCUAUGGAGACAAUAUGCUAUCACUUUUAGAUUAUGUGUUGUGUUUCCGUGUGUGCACUGUUAUUUUCCCUAGACUUUAACUUGGUGUUGUCUGUUUAUGAAGUUAG